CGACAAGCAGCCUUGACUCGCCCCCAACUUACCCCGCACACUAUAUGUUAUGUCUGCAGUAUCCAAGAAAAUCGGAGGAGAGAUCGGCGAGGUGCGCGCGAGCAUCGACAUCGCUAGCUUGAAUGCGUAUAUCGAGAGAGAUGUCCCUGCUAUCCGGGUACCAGUGACAGUGAAGCAGUUCAAGUUCGGCCAGUCAAACCCGACGUACUUCCUUACGGACGCCAGUAAUACGAAGUGGGUCCUGCGCAAGAAACCCGCGGGCAAGCUCAUCUCGAAUACGGCGCACCAGGUCGAGCGCGAGUACACGAUCCUCCGCGCCCUGCACAAGCACAACCAGAAUCCAGCCACGACGCCCGCGCAGCGCGUGCCCGUCCCUGAGCCCGUAGUGCUAUGUGAAGAUUCAGCUGUCGUUGGCACGCCGUUCUACAUUAUGGAGUAUCUUGACGGGCGGAUUUUUACCGACCCGCGCAUGCCGGGGGUGAAGCCGGAGACGCGGCGGGAAUGUUGGCUCUCCGCGAUACGCUCGCUCACAGCACUGUCGAGUCUCGACCCGGCGACGCUCGGCCUUUCGUCCUUCGGGCCCAACACGCCGUACUUCCCGCGACAGAUCAAGUCCCUCGCACGCGUGUCGCUCGCGCAAGCCGAGGCGGUAGACAUUGAGACGAACAGAAAAACGGGGAUGAUACCCGACUUUGAGGAGAUGGUCGCGUGGUAUAGGACGCAUCUCCCGGAUGAGAGCAAGACUGGACUAAGGAUCGUACACGGGGACUACAAACUCGACAAUAUGGUCUUUCACCCGACGGAGAACAGGGUAAUUGGCAUCCUGGACUGGGAACUGUGUACACUAGGGAGUCCGCUCGCGGAUCUUGCGAACUUGACACAGCCGUGGCAUGUCGAUCCUAGCAUAGCUAAGGGCACCGAGGGCGUCUCUGUCCUUACUGGAUUCAAGAACAGCUCCGAUGCUCCAGCUAACUUGGAAGAACUCGAGCGGGAGUACUGUAGGUUGACGAAGCAACCAUAUCCGAUCCCUGAGAUGGUUUUUGCACGGAGCUGGAUGUUAUUCCGGCUAGCUAUCAUCGUGCAGGGCAUCGCCGCGCGCUACGCUCGACGGCAAGCCAGCUCGGAGAGGGCGUCACUCUACCCAGCGAUGUUUCCGAUCGUCGGCAAGCUGGCAAGGCUGACUCUGGAGGAAGGCGGAGAAAAGAUUGGCUCGAAAGCGAAGUUGUAGAGGCUGCAUUACUCGUACAACCUGCGUGUAUAUUUGAAUUGCGUAUGAUCAUUGCGGGCGGAUUCAUGGAGUCCACAGUCUGCAGCCAGACUUGUCGAGUGCCUUCUUGAUCCUGCUUUCGCGGCGGUUGGGCGCAAGCGCGACGCAUGUGGGCACGUUCUCUGGCUGCUCAAUCCACAUGUGGUGCGCGACUGGAGGAGAAGCGUUGGAUAAGAUCUCGCUGAGACGUCUUAGGCUCGCCUCGUCCGUUGUCUGCAAUACGGCUUUUCGCAUGUUCUUGAGAUCAUCCAGAUAUGCAAUGGUCUCCGGUAUAUCCUUCGUUUCAUGGAGCACUGCUGCCGUCGCGUGGGCUACUUGGGCCAUCAGAGGGCCCACUCCCCAUCCUUCUGCCGUCUGGAGAUCUUUCCGGACCACGAUCUGCAUCGUCAAAGGUGCACCCGUCGGAGUGAUGGGAGCGCUCCCGCUCCCCUGCUCACUUGCGGCUGCCGCAGUCGCCGGUUGGCUCUGUGCAGACAUGCUUCUCACUAAGAAGAGAGAACGACGAAAGACAGC